GGAGAGCGUCCCUCGGGCACACCUCUCCCCUCCGCCUGUCAUUUUUUCCUUCCUCUUCGCCUUAUCCUGCACGUGCACCAUCAUGCCCCAGGAGCCUGUCCCCCCGGCGCCAGAUGCCGGCCCCGCUGCCGGUCCUUCUACCACCGCCGCCGGCCCUGCUGCCGAGACGCUGGCCACCCCAGUCCCCAAGACCACGAGCAGUUUGGAGAAGUUCGGCAACCGCACUCUCGGUGCCGUGGAAGAAUCCGGACAGGACAUUUUCUCCCAGAAUGCCUGGGACAAUGUCGAUUGGACACAGGAGCAGAUCGACAAUGCCUUGUCCAUUGUGGAGCAGCAGAAGCAAGCCCCGGUGGUCCAGGAUAAGGCCGAGGAUUACAUCACCAAUGCCAGUCAGUACUGGGACACCUUUUACAAGCAGCAUGAGGACCGGUUCUUCAAGGACCGGCAUUGGCUCGCCCUGGAGUUCCCGGAGCUCUUCCCCAAGACCAUUCCGGCCGAGGGGUUCACCGUGUUCGAGCUCGGCUGCGGAGCCGGCAACACCAUCUUCCCGCUGCUGGCCGCGGUGGACGACCCGAAGUUCCGCGUGCUCGGGUGUGACUUCGCCGAGUCGGCUGUGGAAGUUGUGCGGACGACGCCGCAAUACGCCCCGGAGGAGGCUGCCGGCCGGGUGCACGCCUUUGUGCACGAUCUGACCGAUGGCGGCCAGCCGAGCGAGUGCUUCCCCCCGGAGGAUGUGCCCCCCGGGUCGGUGGAUGUGGUGGUGUGCAUCUUCGUCCUGUCCGCCAUCCCGAUUGCCCAGUUGGAUGGGGUCUUCCGAAAGAUCUAUGCCUGCCUGAAGCCCGGCGGUGUGGUUCUCUUCCGGGACUAUGGUCGCCAUGAUUUGGCGCAGCUCCGGUUCAAGAAGAACCGCUACCUGUCGGACAACUUCUAUGUCCGCGGCGAUGGGACCUGCGUGUAUUUCUUCGAGUCGGCCGAAGUGGACCGCCUGGCCACUGGAGCUGGCUUCACUGUCCUUCAGAAUACCAUGGAUCAACGCCUGCUGGUGAACCGCGCCCGCAAGGUGACCAUGUACCGGAUGUGGCUUCAGUGCAAGCUGCAGAAGCCCCUGGAGGGGGAGACCACCACCGAGGGGCAGCUGGUGCUGCCGCAGGGGACUGAUGCUGCCGGCCCUGCCGGCCUGGAGGAGGACACCGCCGCCACCACCACCCCCGGGGCCAAGCGUGUCUUGGAGAGCGCCGACAACGGGACUGCCCCCGCUGCGAAGGCCCCCCGCACGACCACCCCCCCGCCGCCCUCGGCCGCUGAGCAAGAGUGACAGGGUAUAUUCUCCCGCACGAAGCCGGCGCCGAAUCACGCACACACACACACCCACAAUAGCCAGAGCAGCCGUUCAGCCGGCCCCAUAAAUAUGACAACACAACAGACAUACGAA